UAUUGUUAGAUUAUAAUUUAAUUUUGUGUUUUAAUUCGAUUGUGUUUUUUGCACAUGUAUUGUUCAUUUAUUUUCUUGUAGGUUAUGUUUGGUUGUAUUAUUAUUUUCGAGUAUUUUAUAUUUUUCGAUUGUAAAUUCUUUUACAUUGACUCCCGAUGAUGUUUCGCGGCGUCGCCACACGGAUUCACUCUAGGACGAGAAAAAAUUUUUCUUCCGCGAACAGAAAUACACAAAAUUUUAUCGCACUAGUGCGAAACGAUAUGCUAACACUUUGAGAGCUUCACCGGAAGUCCGACUUGCAAUUUUUACAUUCCAACGAUGAACUUAUAAACUGUAAACAAGUACACGUCGACUGUCAAAAAAAGUUCAUUUUGUGAGGUUAUGGCAUGUUCGUGCAAAACCUAAUUAGGUUUUUUAUCGUGACGACACAAAUGAACAAGUAUUCAUCCUUGACAGUUCAGCGGUACUGUUUACAAACAAGCUUAAACAAAAAUCGAAGAGCACAUCUAAAACAAUCAUCUUUACACUUUGCAACUAGUCACUUUUAUUUAAUAAAUAUCAAAAACAAACCGUAUUCAAUCGUGAACAAAUGUUUUAAAACUUUAUUUAGGCGAUACGGACCGUAAAUGGUCUGAUCCAAUUUGUCAAUAAACAAACAAAAGAAAUUUCUGUUUACAAACAGUACUGUUGAACUGUCAAAAUGUAUUCAUCCGAUUGAGGUUAGCAGUGACGGUAAAAAACCUAAUUAGUUAAAGUUUUAAAACAUUUGUUCACGAUUGAAUAAGGUUCGUUUUUGAUAUUUAUUAAAUAAAAGUGACUAGUUGCAAAGUGUAAAGCUGCCUGUUCGCUGUUCUACAUAUAUCAUGAUUCGUCCGGAGGUGGUUCAGCAACUUGAAUCUCCAGCUUUUGGACUUGCAACGUCUUGGAUUUUAUCACGUAACUGCGUUCCAGCCGAUUCGUUAGAUGAAGUUCAGCGGUUUUUUCAACGAGAGUUUUGGCCAUUUCCGAAAACACAUCCGCGAAAGGAUGAAAUACUAGCCAAUGCGCUACGCGUGAAAGCGAAUGGGACCUACAUGAAUAAAUCGGUUGAACAAGAAGUAGUGCUCAGACUAUACAACGAAAGUAUUUGUCAUGCACCGGAUAAAGCUGAAGAGUUAGGUAUAGGAUAUGCCAACAGAUCAGCGGUUUAUUUCAAUCAAAAACAAUAUAAUCACUGCCUUGAUAAUAUCCUACUAGCCAAAGCAAACAACUACCCGACAAGUAAAAUGCAGAAAUUGUUAGAACGGGAACAAAAAUGUCUCAAUAUGAUGCAAGAAUGUUCGAAUGAACGGAAACAACCUGUUGUGACAGACAAUGAACAGCACAACUCCAAUUUGGAAAUGGCAAGUAUCCCAGAUUAUGGCAGAGGAUUUAUUGCAACAAAAGAUUUGAAGGUAGGCAAUCUUGCUCUAAUUGAGAAAUUUUCUUUAUUAGUUCUUGAACAUGAAUCAGCCUAUAGCCGAUGCAAUCACUGUGGCUUUGGCAACAACCUAGAUCUUAUUCCAUGCCGAACAUGCUGCAGUGCAAUGUAUUGCUCGGAACAAUGUCGAGCAAAUGCUUAUAAUCAGUACCACCGAUUCGAAUGCGGAAUAACGGAAGACUUGAAGUGUCUCUUCAAAGGACCAAAACCGACACGAGUUUUUCACAUUGCUUUGCGUCUAUUCUGGAUAGCGAUGGGUGAUCUCUUGAAAAAUGCAGAAGCAUUCUGCCUGGAGUACAAACAGAAUUUGAAUGAUUAUCGGAAUCCAUUGAAUGUGGACCCUAGCAAGCUACAUUUUCACAUACUAUCCGAAAGCACAUCACGCAAAAACAAAGACAAAACUGACAAAGGUAUCACACAAUUCUUCACUGUCCUCGCGUAUCAUAUUGCAGUUAAAGAAAACACUGCUUUUCCGACUGGACAAAUUUUGAAUGAAUAUGAAUCAGUUUUGUUAGAAGUACUUUAUCGACUGUUUUGGAUUGCUAUUAGCAUCUGCGAUCAAAGUAUUAAGGGUAUGACGUGUCUCUAUCCGUUGUUGCGAUUGGUUAAUCACACUUGUGCACCAAAUGUGGAACGUUGCUGGAUUAACCAGCAAUCAGUUCUUGUUGUAAAACGCCCAAUUAAAGCAGGGGAGCAGAUUUUGCUGUGCUAUAUUUCAAACAAUACUUUCGAAUCUAUGACAAAGGAUAAGCGAGUAAGUUUACUACAGAAACAUUUUAAUUUUAUUUGCCAGUGCCUUGCCUGCGUAUUGGACUAUCCACAAUUGAAUACAGUGCAAGAUAAUCAAAUAUUGAGAAGUGAACUUCAAACUAUCGACUCUGUAGUGAACGACGAACAAAAACGACGAGCACUGGAAAAAUAUUUGGAGCGACAUGACGAUCACUAUCCACUUAAAGAGUUAAGCGAAGCGUGGCAAAUAUAUCGAAAACUAAGAGCUGAUCUUAAAGCUUCGUGCGACUGACAAGAUUUGAUUUAGAUGAAACGAGUUGAAAGUGAAGCAAAAAUGAGAAAACAUGAAUAUUUGAAGUUCA